CGAUCACAGACAAAGUUCGUGUGCUUUUCGAGUCUGCCAUGUUUUGUCCUAUUUGUCGCGCUUGAUCAACGCGUUCGUCGCGUUUACUGUUUUAAAACUGUUAUUUUCUGAAUGUAUUACGGGCUGUGUUUUGUUUACAAAUAGUGUAGUUGAUGGUGUUGUAAUUAAUUUACUAAAACAUUUGGUCAAUCGAUCAUUUUGUUACCUCUGUGUGCGACAGUGUAAUUCGAAUUUCAACAAUUUUAUAAUCGUCCGCUAGCUUGCUUGUGUCUGUAUUCAAAGAAAUUACGUCGCGUAUUCGAGACAUUCUCAUCAAACGCAGUGAUUUCUUAGCAAAUUGUGUCGAGCUGUGACGCAACCCACGUGCACAUAAUACAGUGAGCAUCUCAUGCACAUUUGUUAUUAUUUUGUUCACGAGUUCGUGGUGCGUCGCCCGCCGCCUUCGCGUUCGCCCGCUCGAUUAGGCAUCUGAGUAUUAGACGGUGAUUUCUGGUGCAUUAUUUUGUGCGGGCUAGUGUUGGUGUCGUCAUUCGGUGCAACGCACACGUGACUCGGGACGAGUGUUUGGGUGUCAGUCGACUGCGGUUCGCGAGCGCACGGGCACGAAACAGUCCGGCAGCACUCUGCAGUGCGGAGCGCGCGAUUCUGAGGUGAAUCACCGCGCGUUGUUGACCGUGCUUCGCCGUGUUUACCCGCGAGUGCAUAAGUGCGUGUAGGGAAGUGAAUCAGGCAUGAGCGGCGCGUUGCGGCGCCGAUGACACCGCCGUCCGGAGAGACGGCGUUUUGAUCCCGUGUGUGUGCUGUUAUGGUUGUUGGGUUAUGAGUGUGUGACAAAUUUGUAGUGCAAGGACACUGGAGCCCCUAGACGGAGUUGGGCCCGCCGGGGCGGCCCUGGUACUUUUGGGGGCUCCUCACGAAGGCAAGAUGGCUGCGUGGAACCGCCACCACCACUUCAACAUGCUCAUGGAUGAGAAUGCCAAAAAUAAAUUGGGCGUGGUCGGAGGCGGCAUGCCGGAGGCCGGUGGCGAAAGGCGGCACGUUCCCCUCUACGGGAGACUGGUCGCCGAAGACCAACUGGCCUCGAUGAGCGCCCCCUCAGACAUUCAGGCGAUGCAAGCUCGAAUACCACAUCACUUUCGGGACCCCUCCACGGCGCCGCUUAGAAAACUCAGCGUAGACCUCAUUAAGACCUAUAAACACAUAAACGAGGUAUAUUAUGCAAAGAAGAAACGGAGAGCGCAACAGUACCUGGGCGAGGACGGCUCGCACAAAAAGGAGAGGAAGCUAUACAAUGACGGGUACGAUGAUGACAACCACGACUACAUCAUCAAGCAGGGAGAGAAGUUCCUCGAUCGGUACGAGAUCUCUUCACCUAUUGGGAAGGGCUCGUUUGGACAGGUUGUGAAAGCGUAUGACCAUGAGGAGCAGUGUCAAGUAGCGAUUAAAAUAAUUAAGAAUAAGAAACCCUUCCUAAACCAGGCACAAAUAGAAGUCAAGUUACUAGAAAUGAUGAACAGAGCAGAUGCAGAAAAUAAGUAUUAUAUAGUAAAACUGAAACGUCACUUUAUGUGGCGGAACCACCUGUGCCUAGUGUUCGAGCUGCUCUCGUACAAUCUCUACGAUCUCCUGCGCAACACGAACUUUCGCGGCGUGUCGCUGAACCUCACGCGCAAGUUCGCGCAACAGCUGUGCACCGCGUUACUGUUCCUUAGUCAACCUGAACUAAAUAUAAUUCACUGUGAUCUAAAACCCGAGAAUAUACUACUAUGCAACCCAAAAAGGUCAGCCAUUAAGAUUGUGGACUUCGGAAGUUCGUGUCAACUAGGUCAAAGGAUAUACCAAUAUAUCCAAUCAAGGUUCUACCGAUCACCGGAGGUGUUACUCGGCGUACCCUACGACCUAGCGAUAGACAUGUGGUCACUGGGGUGCAUACUCGUUGAGAUGCACACUGGCGAGCCACUGUUCAGUGGAGCCAACGAGGUCGACCAGAUGAACAAGAUCGUCGAGGUGCUAGGCAUGCCGCCUGAUCACUUAUUAGACCAGGCCCACAAAACGAGAAAGUUCUUUGACAAAUUACCAGCGUCAGAAGGCGGUGGUUAUGUAUUAAAGAAAGUCAACGGUAAAGAUGGCAGAAAGUACCGGGCGCCGGGCACGCGGCGAUUACACGACAUACUGGGAGUGGAGGGCGGAGGGCCGGCCGCGCGGCGUCGCGGCGAGCCCGGCCACUCCGUGUCAGACUACCUCAAGUUUAAGGACCUAAUCCUCCGCAUGCUGGAGUACGAGCCGAAGCAGCGCGUGACGCCGUACUACGCGCUCCAGCACAACUUCUUCAAGCGCACCGCUGACGAGGCCACCAACACGCAGCAGCAGCAGCACCAUCAGCACGUGGGCGGCGCGCGACUGUGGGGCGGCGCCGAGCGAAUGGACGUCGAGAACGUUCGCCGCGACGACGAAUUGCUGCCCGUAUGCACGCUGCAGCACAGCCCUGUCGCCAUCCACUAGCCCACGGCGACUCGGUGGCUCGGUGGCUCGGUGGCCCAGCGGCGCGGUGGCCCAGUGGCUCAGUGGCUCAGACUAAGUGGCAGUGACCAGUGACCCACAGUGCCCCACGGACAACUCGUUAGCGCGCCCCGGGGCCCACCCCCUGGACUGAAUGAACCGUAUUUAUAAUUCUAUAUUUUUAUUUAAUGCGAUAAGUCUGACUGUAAAAAUAUAAUGGUACGAUUUGUUACGUUGUAACGUGUAUUUUGUUCUUAAUCGCUUCACUCGACCGUACUUAUAGAGCGUAUGAUGACCGCGAUCCCGUCACACUCCGGAUGCGUAUGGGCAUGAAAGCUAGGUUUUUUUAUUGUUACGCAAUGCAUAUCAAGAACGCAAUAUGGUAGUAAAUAAAUAUUGUAUAUAAAAUUUAGGAAAACAGACUAAUGGAUACAGACUGCAAUUUAAACUGGAUAAUCUAUAGUUUAGUUACGAUCUUUGCUAGUUAGGCUUUCAUUCAGUUUUAAUUAUCGCAAGCUUUAUAUUUUUAAAGUGUCGGCAACUGAUGACUGAAAUUCAAAGGGCCAAUGAGAAUUUGUUUUAACACAGACAGAGAAAUAGAAUUAAGUAUUUUUUGAUGCACAAAAUGAUUAAUUUGACACCACCCGUUUGACUGAUUCGUUAGUCGGAGUCAUGAACAGCCCUCGCGCCGAUUGUACAUAGACGAUGUUCACGACCUCUGAUGCUUGUGAUCCGAGUCUCAAGUAUUAUUUUAAAGCAUAUACGUUAUUUUUGACCCAUUGGAAUAUUCAGACGAUGUGUAAAACAGAUAGUGUAUAGGUAAUUCUAUAAAACACAAAAUGUACUUGUAGGUUACGAGAAUGUUGAAUCAUAUAUAAAAAUUUUUGGGUAUUUCAGAUAGGAAUUAAUAAAUUGAAUUACAUAACUGACUUGUUGAACGUUUUUGGAUUUGAAUCUACAAUAGACUAACCUCAUUGCAACAGACUGGUCGAAACUUUGUAACGGAGAUAUUUUGUAUAGCAAUACACUGAAUCACUGCCUUAUUGUGCCGGAACUUUAUACGAUAAGACCCGCUACUCAUGGUAGGCUUUUUGUCGCAAGUGACGUCAUCCGCUGCCGCGAGUGCGGCCAACCGAUAUUGUGACAGCAAAUGUGAUAACUAUACAUUGUAUGCAAUUACUAUUUUACUUUACUAAUAAUUAAUUACAUAUCGAUUUGUGUAACUCGGCUAGAAAGUAUUGUAUUUAUUCAAUGGUACUGACCUGACGGAGAAACUCACAUGAGCGCUUACACGACCGACGACGAGCAAAGCUCUAAAAGUUUGAGUGUCCGCGCAUAUUACCGUUCGGUAAUACAGCAUUUUAGACAAGUAACUGCACUUCGAAUAUAUAUUUUGACAGUUGUCUAUCACGUUGGGACCAUGCUGAUAUAGGAUAAAAUAUUCACAUAAUUAAAAUGUCCAGUUUGAUGUCGAUGAAUCCGUACAGACCUUUUGUUUCGUGUGCGCAUAAUGGAAUGCACACUGCGACGUCUUGUAACAUUUGACGUUCACAUUUCCGUAGGAAAAUGUACUUGUGUAUGUGGGUCAUGUUUUUAUAUAGAUAAAUAUUGAUUGUAUUGUAAAUAUGGACGGCAAAGGUUACAGACUUGUACUGCAAUAACGGGGAAGGAUUGGCAGGCGGCGCGUACGCCUCGAUCAGAGCUUACUCGGCUCUAUUUAGUUGAAGCUUGUGAUACAUAGUUUAAAAUUUGCACAUAGUGUUAGUGCAAGGUUUAGUUUAAUAAGGUAUUAGCUCGGGAAUACCUAAUCUCUUCACUAUAUUAGUGUAAUUGAAUGGCAUAUUAUGGUGAUGUCCAGUUAAGUGUAUAUGGUACAGAAGUCACAUAAGUAGCGGGUCCACGCUUAGCAACUUUAUUCUGAACUUAAGCUUAGGAAAAUAUUUUUAUUUGAAAUUAUUUUUAGUUAAUUGUCGACUGAAUGUACGCAAGUUCAGAGUGGAGCGGCUAAUGAGACGAGGCAACAUUACCGCGAUGCUGCGUAAUGUUGCCGUGAAUUUUUAUAAAAACACCCUCGAUUAUGUAAUUAUUUUAAAAUUUAAAUAAAGCGUUUGUAAGGUAAAAGCUAUUUGAUUUGGUACAUGAAGCAUGAAAGUAUUUUUCCUCGUUUGUUUCUUAUAGUGCUGACGAAUAGGUUCACCCAUUUCAUUGUAGAUUUGAAUCUAUUUCUAAUCUUGCUGUUCUGUACUAUAAAUUUUUGAAUAUCUGUAUAAUAUUUACUGUAAUACUUUUCUGCUUCAUGACGUUUAUAGGAUUGUUAGAAAGAGUAUAAGAAAUAGGUAUGGGACAUGUUUAAUUUUGAUGAUAGAGCAAUAACAUUAAUCUACCGGCGGGUUUCCAAAUGUUAGAGAAUAAUAAAAUAUAUUUUUAUGUGACUAUGUAAAUUACAUGUUAUAUGAAUAUUUUUGUCAGUUUCAUUUGUAUUAGAACAUCAAACAGUAUUAGAUUCUGAUGUUAGAAUUUUAAUUAGUUUGUAUGUUUUUGAUAUCAAGCAUGUAUUACCUGUAAAGUCGGAAAUCUGCCGCAACAUUGCUAUUUUUACAUAACAACUAGUCGGAGAGUUAAGUGAUAACCAACACGUAAAACACCAACCUAUUUGAAUAGUUCUAACUAAAUCCAUUACUCAAGAAUGGCCCUAGAUGUUUGCGCUUGAGUAUGUAAUAUACUAUACUUACUAUUUAUUUGUACUGUGACAGUAUGGAGUUAUGUGAAGUGUGUGACAUGUGCUGAUGCGCGAUAAGCUAAAAUGUUUAUUUCCUAUCGGAUUGUCAGUUCGCAGGCACUGUAACAAUAAAAGGAUAGAGCUUUAUGUCACUAAGUUUUGUAUUUUAAAUCAAUAAACAAUAGCAAUGA